AUGGAAGAUCAACCCAAAGACUAUUUGCUAACAAAUGUUGUCAGUAUAUUCCUCUUUUUAGAAAAUCAUGUACAGAAGAAAUAUCCAUUUGUUGUUUUUCUUAAUAGUUUCUUUGGUAUUUUGUAUUUAUUUCUAGAAUUUUUGUCAUAUAUUUCUUUUCUUUUAUCUCACUAUUUACUUGACAUUGUCGAGCUCAAUUUAGAUCUAUUUGUCUAUCCAUCUAUUUCGGUCUAUUCGAAUCUAUCAAUGUCCGCCCGUUCAGAUCUCUGUCUAUGUAUGUCUGUAGACAUUAGCGUUUCCUUUGCUUUACCUCUGACCAGCUUUCUUCUUUUCUGUUUCACUCCAUCUAUUCUUUACACUUUUUUUUUCGUUUUACACAUUUUCUAUAAUUUCUCUAUUUUGUUCUUUAUUUAUUUAUUAUUUUUCUUUCUUUCAUUCUUUCUUUCUUUCUUUUCUUUUCUUUUCUCUUCUCUUUUUCUUCCUUUUCUUAUAUUCCCCCAAUUUUUUUUCAAAAUAUUUUCAUUUAUUUACUUGUGCUUCCCCCUUUUAAUUUUCUUUCUUUCUUUCUUUCUUUCUUUCUUUCUUUCUUUCUUUCUUUCUUUCCCGCUUCUAUUUUUUACACAUUUCUUUCUUUUCUUUUUUCCUUUCUUCUUAUUUUCCCUAUUUAAUGCCUUUCGUUCCUUCGUUCUUUCUUUCUUUCUUUCUUUCUUUCUUUCUUUCUUUCUUUCUUUCAAUCUUUCUUUCAAAAAUUAUUUUUUUUUAAAUGUAGAUUCUCUUCUUAUCAGUUUAUAUAUAUAUUUUUUUCUUUCCUUCAAAAUAUACGUUCUUUCUUCCAUUGAUUUACAAAAUGAAUUGCUUUUCUUUUCAAUACAUUUUCCUUGUUUUUAUUCUUUCUUUCUUUUUCUUUCGUUCAUUUUUACUUAUUUUUUCUUUACCUUUCCACGCAUCUUUUAUUUUCACUCUUUUGCCUUCUUCUUAUUCGAUUCGGCAUUAUGGCUUCCUCUUCACUCUCUACCGGUCAUUUCAUAUUUUUCUUUUUCUCCUGUUUUUUUUUUUCAUUUUCUUUCUUUCUUUCUUUCUUUCUUUCUUUCUUUCUUUCUUUCUUUCUUUUGUAUAAUUCCCUAUCUUUUUUCUCUCCUCUCACGUUAUCUUCUUUCCUAUCUAUUUUUUUUUCUCUUUCUCCCUUCUUUCGCGCAUUUUUUACUAUUUUUUUACACUUUUUCUUUCUUACUUUUCUUUUUUUUUUUCUUAUUUUCCAUAUUUAAUUUUUUUUCUUUUUCUGCCUGUCGCUCUUUCUUUCUUUCUUUCUUUCUUUCUUUAUUCUUUCUUUCCCGCUUCUAUCUUUUACACAUUUCUUUCUUUUCUUUUUUCUUUUCUUCUUCUUAUUUUCCCUAUUUAAUGCCUUUUGAUCCUUUCUUUCUUUCUUUCUUUCUUUCUUUCUUUCUUUAUUCCUUCUUUCUUUCUUUCUUUCUUUCCCGCUUCUAUUUUUUACACAUUUCUUUUUUUUCUUUUUUCUUUUCUUCUUCUUAUUUUCCCUAUUUAAUGCCUUUUGAUCCUUUCUUUCUUUCUUUCUUUCUUUCUUUCUUUCUUUCUUUCUUUCCCGCUUCUAUUUUUUAUACAUUUCUUUCUUUUCUUUUCUCUUUUCUUCUUCUUAUUUUCCCUAUUUAA